AGAAGAUUUUAAUAUAGCAGAUAUUAUCAGUAUGAAGAACUGUAUAUCGCUAUUGUUCAUAAUACACAUACUACCAAUUCAAAACUCUGCAGGAUCAAGUUGUGGCUUUAGUGGUUCAUGUCUUUAUAAUAUCCAAGUACAUCACUGUGAGGGCAGUGCAAAAAGGUCGUUGACCAGCGCAGGAAGUCAACGAAGUUGUCCAUGUAGUGACAUUACAUCAGUUCAAACCGAACAGCGGAAUCUUUCGUCUUGGGUAGAAACUAUCAACUCGACGUUCCAGGCUGUGCGUGCCGACUUGAAGGGGAUACAAGCAGAGUUGAACGCAAAGUCGUUGGAAUUGACCGCUAUUCGCGAAAGAAAAACAAAAGACAAUGCCACACUUGCAAAAUAUGUUAUGGACAUCCAGACAACAGAAAAUGCUAUAACAACAGAAAGACAGAAUUGGUUCAAAGAGAGGGAUCGUCUUCAAAAUGAACUCCAUGACGUUACAAGGAAAGCGCAGAUUUGUGGGCAUGCCUCAGCUGCCUCGACUACGUCUCAACAAGGUUCAUCCUCUGAUGGUUCCCCGAUUCUUUUUUGCGAUUUUGAAACAUCGAGUCAAUGUGGGUUUCACCAAGAUAAAUCAGACGAUAUGGACUGGUCGUCUGGUCAUGGGACGCAAGCAUCUACAACAGGACCAAAACAGGAUCACACGUACGGGAAUCCACAUGGACACUAUAUGUUUCUUGAUGCUUACGACCAUGCCACACGACACUCGUCAUCAACAACGUCCACUGCAAGGUUUAUCUCCCCUGAGUUUCCGUCCUCUCAUGGAUACUGUAUUCUCUUCUGGUAUAAUCUCCACGGUGCAGAUGUUAAAGAGUUGAAUGUAUAUGCGAAGAUCCACGGAGGUUUAGGAAAUCCAGUCUUUUCUCAGAAGGGCAACCUAAAUCAGGAUUGGCAUCUUGGAAAGAUUAAUUUAGAUUCAGAAUAUACUUCUUCUCCUCUUAGUUUGGUCUUUGAGGCAAAAACAGACAGCCAUAAGGUAUACCACUACAGUUCUGGGUACUCCUACUAUAAAAGAAACGGGGAUAUAGCAAUAGACGACCUCUAUGUUUUCAAUUCUUCAUGCAAAAGCAUUCCAAAGUACCCAUCAAAUGUUCACUCUCGUAUGACCUCUAACUCCACCGCGUACUACACAUUCCAUACAACACCGAGUACUUGGUAUGAGGCCCAGGUCGCGUGUAAAAAGGAGAAUCCGUAUUCCCACCUGGUUUCCAUUAAAUCCAGUGAGGAACAAGCCUAUAUCGUCAAAGUCAUCAAACUAUCCGAAGAUUUGAGUGUUGUGGCCAACAAUGGGUUCUACACAAGUGGAUCGGACGACAGAGCAGAAGGCAUAUUUGAAUGGACAGAUACUGGAACUCCAUACCCCAUUACCUAUAGCAACUGGCAGCCGGGGCAACCAAAUAACGUAGGUAGCAACCAGGACUGUCUUCUGUUGCAGUAUCCAGACGAUGAUUUGACGUGGGGGGAUGUUGAUUGCGGAGAGAAGCAUCCAUUUAUUUGUGAAAUAAACCAAACGCUGUAAUGUU